GCUGGCGGGAAACGUGACUAGUGUCAACUACCUGUGGCUUUUACUCUUCGCACUACUGUAUAUGGUUAGCUGCGUUUAUUUUGAAUGUCCGUAGGUUAUUGGUCGUUUGUACUGAUUUAAUAUAUUGAGAAGUACGAGUGUGCACAAUGGUUCAAAUAGUCAUAAGAGGGAGUGUUGACGGCAGCAGUCCUCCAGAGUGGCUGUUGAUCGAGCUGCAGGGAGAGAUGAUAUCCAGACAUAACUCUGGCCUCGCAGGAAGCGUGAUGGGAGACCUGAUCUACACUCAAGAGGGGGUGCCCGUGUUAAUAGUAGGACAUCACAUAUUGUACGGGAAGCUGGUCAAAUUGGAGAAACCCUUUGCCGUCCUGACUAAGCAUCCAGCCCAAUCACAGGGCGUUCUGGGCAGCACCGGCAACCAUGAUGCCUCCCAGGUUGCCAUGGAAACAGAACUGCAUGGAUCCACCUCCUAUUCUGUGUCUGCACUCAUCAAGAGAAAACUCAUCUUUAAGACGCGACCCAAACCCAUCAUCACGAAUGUACCCAAGAAAGUAUAGUGUGGCCAGACCACAUGUCAUUAUGUGGUGUAAGCAGAUAUUAUGGAAAACACGUUUUAAUGUUUGUGUCCAAGUAGUUCGGUCUCUGGAGCUAGACUGGCUGAAUUUCCAGAGCGAAAGAACCACUUUGACGAUCAUGUCAAAGCUAAAAGUGAGGCAGAGAUUCCAUGUUAGCACAUAUUAGCGGUAUUUAACUGUGGGACCAGCAUUAGCUUCUGAUAAUGAUAAUGGUUGGCGAUGGCCUGGAGCGGAGCAAUAUUUACCAGUAGUGUGACUGUUUGGCGAUGUUUCCAUGUGCCAGAAAAAAAACACUUUCAUUAUCUUUGGUGCUCGUUUAUUUUCCACACUCUGCUUCUGUUUGUAUAAUAAGCUAGCAGCGAGGGGGAAAAGGAGAUUGCUAAAUGCUGGCAAUGUGAUCCAGGAUUUAUUGGAAUGUAUUUUCAAAUGCUGUUGUCAUUGUGUGGGCUGCCUGUUUUGAUAAACUGUAUUUUAUUAAAGCAUUAUAGUAAGUA